AUGCUGGCCUUGGGGCCGAUGGAGGGCAGCCCCCGGCAGAGCGCCUUCCUGCUGAGCAGCCCCCCCUUGGCCGCCCUGCACAGCCUGGCCGAGAUGAAGACCCCGCUCUACCCCUCGGGGGGCUACCCUUUGCCCAUCAACCCCGGCAGCAGCGGAAGCAGCGGCAGCAACGCCGCCCCGGGCCCUGCCUCGCUCUGCUCCCUCUCUUCCUCCUCCUCCUCCUCUUCCUCCUCGGCCUCGGCCUCCCCUUCUCCGCCGCCGUCCGCCCUGAAGCCUCCCCCGCCGCCCCACUCCUCCUCCUCCUCCGCCGCCGCCGCCACUCCGCACGGCAUCAACGACAUCCUCAGCCGGCCCUCCAUGCCCGCCUUGGCCUCCUCCUCCUCCUCCUGCUCCUCCUCGGCAGCCUCCAGCUCCGCGGCGGUGGCUGUAGUUGCCGCAGCGGCCUCGUCCCCUCCGUCGGGGCUCCUGCUGCCCCGCUUCAGCAGCCUCAGCCCUCCGCCGCCGCCGCCUCCUCCACCUCCGGGUCUCUACUUCAGCCCCAGCGCAGCCGCCGCUGCUGCCGCCGCCGCCGCCGUGGCCGCCGUGGGUCGCUACCCGAAGCCCCUGGCCGAGCUCCCCGGGAGGAGCCCCAUCUUCUGGCCGGGGGUCAUGCAGAGCCCCCCCUGGAGGGACGCCCGGCUCCCCGGAUGCGCCCCGCGUGAGUAG